GAAUAACGCGUCUGUUGCGCUCCCUGUGUUGUCUACGUAGGCAGAUAACUAGGUUUUAAGACAACGUCUGAUGCUGUCUUGUUCCUACUGGGAACUCUGCACGCAACGAGUGUGAAUACACGCAAUGUCAGUUAAGCGAAUGGAGACGUAAAAUAUUCUGAAAAGAAUAGGACAACGAAACACUGUCGGAGAUUAACAGCACCAUUCAUCGAUCUGUAGGUGCGGGACUCAAUGGAUAAUGUCUAGACGAUCACGUUCAAGAAGAUCCAAAUCAGGGACGUCCACAGGACACCCCGAAGGUCCUGGCAUCCAUGUAUUUCUGUUCUGGACCAAAGAAGGCGAGCGCUACCUGUCUUACCAAGAGGGUGAGGUGACGGCUGAAUAUCUCACCAUCGAUGCAGCAAAAGCUGUGGACAUCACUCCGGUCUGUCAUGCGUUGUUUGCGCUGUACGACCCCGUUUCCUUAUGUUGGUACAGUCCCAAUCACAGAUUUAACAGAGAAAACCUGUCCAGCCUGUUGCUGCAAUUUCGUAUGAGAUUUUACUUCCGUAACUGGCACGGCUUGGGAGAAAAGGAGCCAACUGUGACGCGUCAUGCCCUGAGGACUGGAAAUGGGGCGGAACAGAUAACAUCUCCUCUGCUGGAGAUGACCUCUCUGGAGUACCUGUUUGCUCAGGCUAAACAUGAUUUUGUGAAUAACUUGGCGUGUUUGGAUAAAGUGAGGGGAGAAGAAGAGAUCAGUCGCUUUAAGAAUGAAUGUCUGGGUAUGGCAGUUCUUCAUCUCUCUCAUACGGCCCUGCAGACUGGCUGCUCUCUACAGGAUGUGGCCAAACAGACCAGCUUUCUCCGUUGCAUUCCCCUAUCGUUUUCCCAACACAUCGCCCGAGACAACGUCCUGACGAAGUUCCGGAUUCGCCGAGUGUUCGCAAAAUUCGUGUGCCGCUUCCAGCAGCACACGGUGAGCAUGGGGAAGCUUGGAUCGCAGGAGGUCCUGUAUAAGUAUCUGUCCACACUGGAACGCCUGGCACCCGAGUUUGGCAUCGAGACUUUCUCUGUGUCACAUCUUUACAUAAGAAACGAUGGAGAUGACAGUGAGUCCUACAUCAAGAUAUCAGAGGAGCCAGUGAACAGCGGAAGAACUCAUGAGAUCAGGGUGUCCGGGUCGACGGGGAUAUGGUGGAAGAAGCUGACACGUGACCACUACAUUACCGAUCAGAGGAAUGAUGCACAGCUUGAUGAGCAGGAUGUUGACACUUGGACAUCCUUCUGUGACUUCCCGGUGAUCUCUCAUAUUGCCAUCACAGGUGUCAAUGUCUGUAUUAGUCGGCAGGACAACAUGUUAAUGGACGUAUGCUUGGGCUCCAGUCUAGAGGCUCACUCUCUGGUCUCGCUGCUUGACGGAUACUUUCGACUUACAGCCGACGCGCAUCAUUAUCUGUGUUGUGACGUUGCUCCGCCUAGAGUGGUUCUCAGCGAGGUCAACGGCCUGCACGGUCCCGUACUGGACGAUUUUGUGCUUCAGAAACUUAAGAAAGAGGCAGAUGAAGGAGCGUUUAUCGUGCGCUGGAGUUUGCUAGAUUACCAUCGCAUAAUCCUCGCAGCUCUGAGUAGGACAAAGGAUGGCAAAAGUCCAGUACACAAGCAGUUCAGAAUUACACAGAAGGGCUCUGUGUUUAAACUGGAGGGCUGGGACAAAGAGUUCACCAGCAUAAAGCAGCUCACCGACAGUCUGAAGACCUUCGUGCUGAAGUCUGGAGAAGACAGUUUCACUGUGAAGAAGUGCUGCCUGCCCAGACCAGGAGAGCUGUCGAACCUUCUAGUGGUGAGAAAAGGUGCCAACAGUGGUGUUAAACCCAUUUCUGAAACACUCAACUUGAGCCAGCUGAGGUUCCAUCAGAUUAAAGACAAGGAGUUUACAAAGGAACAGCACCUGGGACGUGGCACUAGGACUAACAUCUACGCGGGCUGGCUGAACGUCCAAAGCAUUACAGAAGACGGCAAUGAGGAGUCAAAUAACAAUCACAGCGAAAAGAACGUCAUCCGAGUUGUUCUUAAAAUUCUCGACCAGAGCCACAAGGAUAUAGCGCUUGCGUUCUUUGAGACGGCGAGUCUCAUGAGUCAGGUGUCUCACUGUCAUCUGGUGUUUGUUCAUGGAGUUUCAGUCAAGGGAUCUGAGAACAUCAUGGUGGAGGAGUUUGUGGAGUUUGGCCCUUUAGACGAGUUCCUGCACAGAGAGAGGGCUCGUGUCACUCCUCAGUGGAAAUUUACUGUUGCUAAACAGCUGGCCAGCGCACUCGGCUAUCUUGAGACAAAGAGUUUGGUUCACGGUAAUGUCUGUGGCAAGAACAUUCUAGUGGUCAGGAAGGGUUUGGAAGACGGGACGUCCCCUUUUGUGAAGCUUAGUGACCCGGGUAUUUCUAUCACAGCUCUUUCUCGCGGAGAACGUGUGGAGCGCAUCCCGUGGAUUGCUCCUGAGUGCAUCGCCGAUGUGGCGCGUUUAGGAAGUGCUGCCGACCAGUGGAGCUUUGGUGCCACUCUCCUGGAAAUCUGCAACAACGGAGAUCUGCCCAUCAGUGGCAGCACGCUACCCGAGAAAGAGCGUUUCUAUGAGACACAGAGUCGUCUGGCCGUGCCCUCGUCUCAGGAGCUGGCAAGCUUUAUCAGCCGGUGUCUGACAUACGACCCUGCUGCCAGACCAUCCUUCCGGACCAUUCUGAGAGAGCUGACAGACAUUCAGAUAAAAUAUCCAGACAUUUUGCCUGAAUGCGAGUCACUUCCACACAAAGAUCCUAGUAUAUUUUACAAACGUUACCUGAAGAAGAUCAGAGAUCUGGGAGAGGGCCAUUUUGGAAAAGUAAUGCUGUACGUGUAUGAUCCUGACAAUGAUGGAACCGGAGAGUAUGUGGCAAUUAAGGCGCUGAAACAGGAGGGUGGUGGUAACCUACAUGAUUCCUGGCUGAAGGAGAUUGAAAUACUGAAAUCACUUUACCACACAAAUAUCGUCAAGUACAAGGGGUGCUGUACUGAAAUGGGUGGACAGGUGGUUCAGUUAAUCAUGGAAUACCUUCCGCUGGGAAGCCUCAGAGACUACCUGCCUAAACAUCGCUUGGGAAUUGCACAAAGUCUUCUGUUCGCACAGCAGAUCUGUGUGGGGAUGGAUUAUCUGCACUCCAAACGGUACAUCCACAGGGAUUUGGCUGCGAGGAAUGUUUUGGUGGAGAAUGAAGACGUUGUUAAAAUCGGUGACUUUGGUCUGACAAAGUACAUUCCUGAAGGAGAGAUCUACUACCGUGUGCGUGAGGAUGGUGAUAGCCCUGUGUUCUGGUAUGCUAUAGAGUGCCUGAAGGAUAGCAAGUUUUCCUUUGCCUCUGAUGUUUGGUCCUUUGCUGUGACACUGUAUGAGAUUUUGACCCACUGUAGCCAUCUCAAGAGCCCCCCUUCAAAAUUCUUUGAGAUGAUUGGAAUGGUUCAGGGUCAGAUGACUGUGGUCAAACUCAUUAAUCUCCUGGAGGAAAACAGAAGACUGCCCUGCCCUGGAGAUUGUCCUCAUGAGGUGUAUUUGCUAAUGGAGCAGUGCUGGGAUUUUAACCCUCAACAGCGUCCAUCUUUCAGUUCGUUAGCCAAGGAUUUGAAGGACUUCCGGCGAACGUACGACCAGCGACCGUCUGUGCAGCUCGCUCAGAUCAGCCAUCGCUGACAUGCUCUCUCUCUGUUGUUCUCACAGGCUCCAACCACAAAACACUUUGUUUUGAGUACGACCACAGGUGUGUGUUUUUAAAUGUGCUAGUGAAGCCACUUAGCCUUUAACUGCUGAAACAGUGCUGGUGCUAAUGAGAGCUGGUUUUCAGAUCCGUGAACAUCUCUUUGUGACUGUGUUACUGCAUAACAUGCUUACAAACAUCCAGCAUCACUUUUAAAUUCAUCGUGCAUUGCCAUAUGCCACCGCAGAUGCUGUAAGUGGUAACAUAUUCCUUGAUUACGCCUGGAAUGUUUUGGAACGUUUGCAUUUGUUUUAAGUUGUUGUUUUGAAAACUGUACAGAGUGAGGAUAUUAUCCUGCCAUGGCUUCUGAUGUUACUCAUUCAUGGUUACGGAUUCAUGAUUCGGGAGAGGUUUCAGGGGCCAGACGGUUGUUUUGGACUCACAGUUUUGGAAUACAGUGUUACGGAUUUAGCACAGGCACUCUGUUGGUGAAAAGGGGGUUAAUGUAAGCUGAAGUCAAGUGUCUUACUGUUAAAACCAUAAUAACCAAAGAACGCUCAGCUGUGGACCCUAUUCAUUCCUUAAUGUAUAUAUACAUGGUAUGUUGUAAAUACUUUCAAGUGCGUUUGGUUGAUUUUGAGUUUACAUCCACUUUCCCCAGGCCUACUGAUACUUAUUGGGAGUUAAGACCCUGUUUACACUUUGUAUUAAUGUGGGACCAGAAUCUGAAAUGUUGUCUAUAGACGAUUUCACCGGCAAAACAACAUAAACAAACGUUAUGUGGCCCAAACUUAACUUCUGGUAGACCUCCGCAAAGAAUCAAUAAUAGAAUAGUUUUCAUUUUAAUACAAUUAAUAUACAAUAAAAUAUUAAUAUAAAUUAAAUAUAAAAUAAAUGGUUAUAUUAUAACCAAACACAGACCAAAAGUUAACUUGUCCUGAUAGGUACAGAAGCUACUUGAUGCAGACCGAUGUAAACAUGCUGUGUUCUGAUUGGUUGAGGAUCCCCUCUGAUGGGAUCACUGUGAUCACAUGUAAAUGUCAAGUGUAAACAGAGCCUCAUUACUGUGAAAAAAGCCUUAAGACUAUGAAUUUAGAUGUGUACAGUCUGAUUUGAAUGUUGCUUUUUUAUUUAUUUUCCCUCUUUUUUUUGUAAAAUGUGCAAUUCUUUCUUUGUUUUAUGGGCAUUUGUACAACACCUUACAUGAAAUUCUAUAACCAUAAUGUCACACUGGAUGUAUCAAUAUAAACUUUUAAUAAAUGUGACUAUUCAA